GUAAGGCUGCUGCAAAAGGAAAGCUUAUACCUGCUAUGGUUAAAAAGAAGGUGGAUUUUCAAAAUCCACCAAAUUCUCUUCCUUAAAAAUGUUAAGCUGGAACUGUUGUGGGAUGGGGAGCCCUACAACAGUCCGGCGGUUGCGUGAGAUACAGUCCAAUAUCUCACCUGAUAUCCUUUUCCUCAUUGAAACCAAAAAUCCUGAUCUUGCUGUUGAAAAAUCCCUGGAGUGGAUGCUUUAUCCCUCCCAUUUCCUUGUCUCCCCACACAGCCCGGGUGGUGGUGGCCUUGCUCUUUACUGGAAAAAUGAUGUGGAUAUCACCAUCCUCUCCCCCUGUCAGAAUUUCAUCGACACACAAAUCAAACAGGAUGGCUCUUUUGUUGAUAUUCGAUCCUUUAUGGCACAGUGUGACCUCUUUGACCUACGCCACUCUGGCAAUUUCCUGUCUUGGAGAGGCAAAAGGCAUGAUCACCUGGUUCACUGCCGCCUUGACAUAGCUAUGGCCAAUGGUGCUUGGUCUGAAGUGUAUCCUCAUAGUCAUAGUGAGUAUCUCAGAUUCGAGGGAUCUGAUCAUAGACCACUUCUCACCAUCCUGGAUCUUACAAAGAAACAGAAGAAAGGCAUCUUCAGGUAUGAUAGACGUCUAAAAGAAAAUGAGGAGGUUACUUCUUUGAUUAAAGAGGCUUGGGAAUUUGAUAAAGAAGAAUCUGUUGAAGGAAAACUAACCAGAUGUCGUAGAGAGAUCAUUGCCUGGACAAGGAUAAAACACCAAAAUAGCCAGAAACUCAUUGAGGAAAAUAGACAGAAGCUUGAGGAGGCUAUGGUAAGCCAAGAUCCAGACCCUACUUUGAUCUCAACCAUCAACCAUAAUCUCUUACUGGCUUACAAAUCUGAGGAAGACUUCUGGAAGCAAAGAAGCCGUCUGCUAUGGUUAUCUUUAGGAGAUCGAAACUCUGGUUAUUUUCAUGCAAUAACUAGAGGAAGAGCUGCAAUUAAUAAAUUUUCAGUUAUUGAAGAUAAUGAUGGAAUCCCUCAAUUUGAAGAAGAAGAUAUGUUGAAGGUUAUUACCAAGUACUUUGAUAAUCUUUUCCUCUCCCAGGAGACUGGAAACUUCUCUCUGGUCCAGGAAGCUCUAAAACCCUGCAUCUCUACUGAAACAAACACCAAGCUUACCCUUGUGCCAACUGAGAAGGAAAUUAAGAUAGCUUGCUUCUCCAUACAUGCUGACAAAGCCCCAGGCCCUGAUGGCUUCUCUGCAAGCUUCUUCCAGUCAAACUGGAAUACUAUUGGCCCUCUUGUUAUCUCUGAGCCCGCAAAAAAUGGUGGAUUACAGACCUAUAGCUCUAUGCACAGUUUACUACAAGAUCAUUGCUAAGCUGCUAGCAAAGCGUCUCCAACCUGUCUUACA